UCUCUCUUCUCAUGGUUUAGUGUUUCGAGACAGAACCUGGAUCACAAUCUUUGACUUUUCCACUUUGCUGUCUGAGCGGCACGUCCAGGCGGUGGAGCUGAGGGUCCGCGUUCCCAUGGCGACCGCUCAACCCAACGUGACGGUGGAGCUGCGCCACCAUCAGGACCGUCCGUGUCCCAAACACAGCCUGUGUGUGGAAGACCAGUCGCUGGGAUUUCUCCCUGAAUCCUCUCUGAUCAGCUCAUCCGGUCAGUGGCGAGUUUAUAAUGUCACGGCUCGGUUGCUGCGCUGGAUGGAUGAGGCCGUGCCGCAGAGGAGGAGGAGGACAAUGAGGAUGAGGGUCAGAGGUCGCGGCCCGUCUGUGGUCAAUUUGAUGAAUGCAGGAAUUAACCGAGCGCUUUUGGUGGUGUUCUCACGUGAGGGAGCGAAGUAUGGAGAUCAGGAUAAGGCGAGUCUGCUGCGUACGGCCGAGCGCUCCAAGUUUCUCCUGAGCGCAGAGGGUCAAGUUCUGAGGAGGGUGAAGAGGCAGAAGAGCCGCCACAAGAACGUCAGAGAGAAAGAGAACGAGAAGAGGAACCUGUGCAGGAGAGUGGACAUGCACGUCGACUUCAACCAGAUCGGAUGGGGCUCCUGGAUCGUCUUUCCUAAAAAGUACAACGCCUACCGCUGUGAAGGGGCGUGUCCCAACCCACUCGGACAGGACUUCCACCCAACAAACCACGCCUACAUGCAGAGCUUAUUGAAAUACUUCCAGCCAGGUCGAGUUCCCUCACCGUGCUGCGCUCCAAUCCGCACCAGUGCCCUCAGCAUGCUGUACUACGAGAACGGAGAGAUGAUCCUGCGCCAUCAUGAAGAGAUGGUGGUGGAGGAGUGUGGCUGUCACUAAAGGGGCAAGGAAUCACGCUUCUACAUCUCCGUUUGGGACUGAUCCCAAAACAUACUUAAACUUACCUAUGUAGUACACUACAUGUCCAGUAGGGUGCUGUUCAGCGUUUCUCCCUACACUAGUGCACUAGAUAAUAAGUGCAGAGUUUCGCUCACUACACAGGGUGUGUUACCUUUCAGUUCAGAGUGCACACUUUUAAAUGAAAGACUUUAGUAUUUAAGCACUGCUCAUGCGUUUAUCUCCUGUAAAUAUUUA